CCUGGAGAUCCAAAGAGCCACUCGCCUGAAAUUGAGUAGAAUUCAUUGAAACUGCAGGCUUUCGUGACGUGUCCCUGAGUGGUCCAUUACUUCUCUCUCUGCCAGCGCUCGGUUCUUCUGGCUCGCUCCACUCCAAUCUUUCCCGUUCCUGGCGGCGACUCCCGCUGAACUCUGCCUGGGCAAAGCGGGCACCAGUUCAAUUCGCCUCGUGUGCCCCGGUCGGCUUCUCGUGGGGAAAACCAAGCUGAUUGAUUGGAGCCAAGAUUUCGGCAGAGGAUGGAAGCUCCCAAUAGCAGCGCUGGGUCCCUGUAAAAGCCGAAGAUUCUUUCUUCUCGUUUCCUUUUGUUUCUGUUUCUUUCUUAAUUUUAACUAUUUCAUCUUCCAUUCUUGAGCGACAGAUGAGCCUGCUCUGUUCCGAAGGAGAAAAAUCAUGAUCGAGUGAGUGAAAACGUGCAGCAAACAGGAGGAUCUCAAACAGAAAAUGAAAAAGAUGGCCAAAUUGACAGAAUCAAUGACUAAUGUGCUGGAAGGAAACUCAAUGGAGCAGGACGUGGAAAGCCCUGUUACAAUUCAUCCACCCAAGUUGCCCAAACAGGCCAGAGAAGAUCUGCCAAAACAUUUAAGCAAAGAGGGUGCCAAAAGAAAAAUCCAGAGGUAUGUUAGGAAAGACGGAAAAUGCAACGUCCACCAUGGAAACGUGAGAGAGACUUAUCGCUAUUUGACCGAUAUCUUCACUACUUUGGUCGACCUCAAGUGGAGAUUCAACCUUUUCAUAUUUGUCUUGGUUUAUACUGUGACUUGGUUGUUCUUUGGAUUCAUCUGGUGGCUAAUUGCUUACAUCCGAGGAGACAUGGAGCACAUAGGAGAUAAGAAGUGGACACCGUGCGUUAGCAACCUCAAUGGAUUUGUCUCAGCCUUUUUAUUCUCUAUAGAGACAGAAACUACAAUUGGGUAUGGUUAUCGGGUUAUCACAGACAAAUGUCCUGAAGGAAUUAUCCUGCUUUUAGUUCAGUCUGUUUUAGGGUCUAUUGUGAAUGCUUUCAUGGUUGGCUGCAUGUUUGUAAAAAUAUCACAGCCCAAGAAGAGAGCAGAAACUCUGGUAUUUUCUACCAAUGCUGUAAUUUCUAUGCGGGAUGGAAAGCUGUGUUUGAUGUUUCGAGUUGGGGAUCUUAGAAAUUCACACAUUGUGGAAGCAUCAAUACGAGCCAAGCUGAUCAAAUCGAAACAGACAAAGGAGGGGGAAUUUAUACCUCUCAAUCAAACAGAUAUCAAUGUAGGUUAUUAUACUGGGGAUGAUCGACUGUUUUUGGUUUCACCACUGAUCAUCAGCCAUGAAAUAAACCAACAGAGUCCUUUCUGGGAGAUUUCCAAAACUCAGUUGCCCAAAGAGGAAUUAGAAAUAGUUGUGAUCCUAGAAGGAAUGGUGGAAGCGACAGGGAUGACAUGCCAAGCCCGAAGUUCUUACAUUACCAGUGAAAUUCUGUGGGGUUAUCGUUUCACACCUGUUCUCACCCUAGAGGAUGGAUUUUAUGAAGUUGAUUAUAAUAAUUUCCAUGAGACAUAUGAAACCAACACCCCAUCUUAUAGCGCCAAAGAAUUGGCAGAGAUGGCCAAUCGAGCAGAGUUACCCCUUACUUGGUCUGUCUCAAGCCAGUUAGAUCAGCAUGCUGAAAUGGAGGCUGGAGAGGAAGCUAAGAGCCAUGAAGAACAAGCAGAAAGGAAUGGUGAUGUGGCCAAUUUAGAGAAUGAAUCCAAAGUUUAGAACUGAAUGAGGGGACAGAAAACAUUAACACUUUCAAAAGAGGGGGGAAAACAGCAGUCUAAAAUGUUUACUGUCUGUCCAUCCAUCAAUAAGAUCAGUGAAGAUUUGGGUUGAAGCUGCAAUAUUGUAUAUUUUCCUAUUUUGUUUUACCUUUUAUUGUUCCACUUUUUAGUUGGGGAAAUCAAUAUUCUCAUACAUAAGCAAGUGGCUUUUGUUUUGUUUUGUUUUUGAUGACAAAAAGCAAAAAUACAUAGAUCAGGGCAAACAUGAAUGGAGAAUCUGUAGGUAAUAAUUAUUACUGACCUGAGCUUUAACUCCAGAUUUUUAUAUAUAUUUCUCCAAAAUAGAUUUAAAUGAUAUGCCUUUAUUGCAGCUUUAAGACCCAAGAUGUGCAGAAAGAUCUGCAGAUCAAUACGAUACUGUACUUCUGUAAUUUCUUUCUCUUUCACUUUAAUAAUAAAUCCAGCAUGUACAAAAGUAUUGUAGUAAAGAAUCUUUAAAUAAUG